AUGAUUGGUCCUCAACACACCGCCUUAAUUGCUCGAUGGAUUGAUAAUGAAUCAGCUAUAAAACAAGGUGUACAAUAUCAUUUUUCACUCCUUUUUAGAGCAAGUCGUGACGGAUAUUCUAUAAACGCAUUAAAACAGAAAUGUGCUGAUAAAGGACCUGUUGUAAUUGUCUUAAAAGUUCGUGAAUCUGGGAAGUUAAUUGGAGGAUACAAUUCUAUUGGCUGGAAGACAGAAAAACUUGGAGUUGGGCAAGGAACAAAUGACAGUUUCGUAUUCACCUUAGGAGAUGGAAGAUCACCUGAUGGCGCUAAAAUAGCACGAGUGACAUCUGCAGCUGCAAUUGAUAAGGACGUUGAUGAUUUAGCAUGGCAUGGUCCGCGCUUUGGAAAAGGUCCAGAUCUGUGGGUCCGCAUGAACAGCGAUCAAAGUGGUGAAGCACGUAAAGAUACUUAUGAAUCUAGUAUUGUGGAUACCGAAGGCAGGUUUAGAUGGACUGAUUGCGAAAUAUUCUCAGUCGUAGAAAAAUGA